AUGUGGUCCUUGGGCCAUCAAAAAAGACUGAAAAAGUGUGGUCAGACAGUUAGGAGGGACAGCAAUGGAGAAAGCCUGCAGAGGAAUGAGAGUCUAGGAGGAAAGAGCGGUCAGCAAUGUCCAAUACAGAGAAGAGGCCAUCAGGAGUUGUUGACAUUCAAGGACGUGGCUGUGGACUUCACCCCAGAGGAGUGGGGUCUGUUGGACAAUGCUCAGAAAGAGCUGUACAAAGAUGUCAUGCUGGAGAAUGCUCAGAACUUAUUCUCCCUGGGGCUUCCAGUUCCCGGAGAAUACUUGAUGUCCCAUUCUGAGCAAGAAGGCCUGAGGAAUUCCUGUCCAGAUUCAGAGACUAGUUUUGAAGUGAAGGAGUCAACUACAAAACUGAAAAUGACUUCAUGGAUUGACUAUUCUAAAUAUAGUCACUGCAGGGCUGGUCAUGCUAACCAUCAGAGAAUCCACACAGGAGAGAAACCUUAUGAAUGUAAUCAGUGUGGAAAGACUUUUACACAUCGCUCCAAUCUUCUUGUGCAUCAAAGAAUCCACACUGGAGAAAAACCUUAUGAAUGUAAUCAAUGUGGAAAGGCUUUCACCUAUACAUCACAUCUUUUUAGACAUCAGAGAAUCCACAGUGUAGUGAAACCUUAUGAAUGUAAUCAGUGUAGAAAGGCUUUCUCACAGCUCUCUGGUCUUUGUUCACAUCAGAGGAUCCACACUGGAGAGAAACCUUAUGAGUGUAAUCAGUGUGGAAAGACUUUCACACAGCGCUCCAGUGUUGCUGUACAUGAGAGAAUCCACACUGGAGAGAAACCUUAUGAAUGUGAUCAAUGUGGAAAAACUUUCACACAGCGUUCCAGUCUUCUCGUACAUCAAAGAAUCCACACUGGAGAGAAGCCUUAUGAAUGUAAUCAGUGUGGAAAGGCUUUCAACUACACAUCACAUCUUUUUAGACAUCAGAGAAUACACAGUGUAGUGAAACGUUAUGAAUGUAAUGAAUGUGGAAAAGUUUUCAGAUGCCUCUCUGCUCUUUGUAAACAUCAGAUAAUCCACAGUGGAGGGAAACCUUAUGAAUGUAGUCAAUGUGGAAAGGCUUUCACAAGUAGAUCGAGUUUUACUUCUCAUCAGAGAAUCCACACUGGAGAGAAACCUUAUGAAUGUAAUCAAUGUGGAAAGGUUUUCAGAACUAGCUGUAAUCUUGUUGUACAUCAGAGAAUCCACACUGGAGAGAAACCUUAUGAAUGUUAUCAAUGUGGAAAGACUUUCUCACAGCUCUCUGGGCUUUGUUCACAUCAAAGAAUCCACACUGGAGAGAAAUCUUAUGAAUGUAACCAAUGUGGAAAGACUUUUACACAGCGCUUCAGUUUUGCUGCUCAUCAGAAAAUGCACACUGCAAAAGAACGUUAUGAAUGUAAUCAAUGUGGAAAGACUUUCACAAGGAGUUCCAGCCUUGCUCGACAUCAGAGAAUCCAUACUGGAGAGAAACUUUAUGAAUGUAAUCAAUGUGGAAAGACUUUCACAAGGAGCGCCAAUCUUGUUGGACAUCAGAGAAUCCACACUGGGGAGAAACCUUAUGAAUGUAAUCAGUGUGGAAAGACUUUCAGAAAGAGCUUUAAUCUUAUUGAACAUCAGAGAAUCCACACUGGUGAGAAACCUUAUGAAUGUAAUAAAUGUGGAAAGACUUUCACACAGCACUCCAGUCUUUGUUUACAUCAGAGAAUCCACACUGGAGAGAAACCUUAUGAAUGUAAUCAAUGUGGAAAGGCUUUCAGAUGCAACUCCACUCUUCGUAGACAUCAGAAAAUCCACACUGGAGAGAAAUCUUAUGAAUGUAAUCAAUGUGGAAAGGCUGUCAGCUGCACAUCACAUCCUUUUAGACAUCAGAGAGACCACUAUGUAGUGAAAAUGUAUGCAUGUAAUCAAUGCGGAAAGACUUUCACACAGCCCUCCAGUCUUACUGAACAUCAGAGAAUCCACACUGGAGAGAAACCUUAUGAAUGUAAUCAAUGUGGAAAGACUUUCAGAAGGAGCUCCCAUCUUGUUGUACAUCAGAGAAUCCAUACACUAAUCCACAGUGCAAUGAAACCUUAUGAAUGUAAUCAAUGUGGAAGGACUUUCAGCUGCACAUCACAACUUUUUAGACAUCAGAUAAUCCACACUCGGGAGAAACCUUAUGAAUGUAAUCAAUGUGGAAAGACUUUCACAGAUGCAGAGACCAGGUUUGAUAUGAAGGAGAUGACUGUAAAGCUGAAAAUGACCUCAUGGAAAGACUACUCUGAGUCCAGAGCUGAUCUUGCUAAACAUAAGAGAAUCCACACUACAGAGAAACAUGAAUGCAAUCAACACGGGAAAGGUUUAAGACUUGGGUCUAGUCUUAUUCUACAUUGGAAAAUCCAUACUGGAGAGAAACUUUAUGAAUAUGCCAAAGACACCUUUGAAGGUCAACAGGAAAGGUUUGGAGCACAGUCCAACACAGGCUGUGCCAACAGAGUCCUAGCCCCAACAAAUAAGGAGCAGGCCUUGGGAGCCACUGAAUCAGCAGCUCUUUCUGGAGUUCUCAACCCAUAG